GUAGACUAGAGUAUGCUUUCGUCGACGCAGUGCAGAGCAGGAUCGCCUCGCUAGACGUUCUGCCACCAUGAGUCCGCCGAACAUUGCCAAUCCUUCGCAGUCCAUCCCCUCUUCUCUACCAUGGAUGCACCAGAGUCGCCAUCGCCUCCGAACUCGAAAGUGAUUAUUCAAUGUAUUGAUCCACAUAACCUAUUUGACCGUCUCGAGCCCCGACUCUCGGCCAGAAGCCCUCUACGGAACUUACACUGGAAAGCCCCAAACCGGCCACUUCGAUCGAUCUCGAAUCUGAACAUAUCUUUGUCGCGCGAAGACCAAACCGCUGGUGGGCAGUCCAACGUUCGGAGGCACCAGAUACCAGGUCUGCGCGAGACACCGUACGUCAAAUUAUAUCUCUUACGGUGCGAUGACAAAGAAACAUACAAAGAGAAGGUCAGGAAAGAUGUCCGCCAGUGGGUCAAGACACAAACGCCUUCGAAUGAUGGUAAAUCGUCGAGCAAGAGCCAAGAGGAUCAUGAUGCCUUCGAAUGGCUGAUUGUCCAUGUUGUUCUCCCAAACACUCCUGCGGCUAGCCAGCCGAAAUCUUCAAAACACAUCUCGUUAGAAGCCUCGGAGAGCACCGACAGCGUGAAUAGCAAAUCAAAAUGGUCUGGCAAGAGCCCAUCCACUAUUUUCGACAAAUUGAGAGCCGAUUUCAGCAGUUCCAAGUCAUCCAUCUCCCGCGUUACUCAGGUUCGACUUCUUGAACCUGGAGAUAAGUCGACGCCAUUGACAUCUGCAGAGUUGGAAGAGCAGUGGCAGGACUUGGUGGAUUGUCUGAAAACAUGUAUACUGCGCUCGUUUGAUGCUCGUGUUGCCCAGUACGAAUUAGACAUUCGUGAAAGGGACAGCCAAAGAAGUCUGCCUGGCUGGAACUUCUGCACAUUCCUCGUCCUCAAAGAAGGCCUCGCAAAAGGCUUUGAAAACUUGGGCUUGCUGGAAGAUGCGCUCGCCGUAUAUGACGAGCUCUCCCUAGGUCUCGACACGCUGGUCAAGGAACAGGUCCAGAAAAAUGACCACGAUGAAAGCGGAGCAUUGUUGACUUUUUCUAAAGAAUCCAAGGGUCUCCUCAGAGCAGCCUUGGACCCGGAAACGCAGAGCAUACCAUCCAUAUAUGCCGACUCGCAGCUUGACCUGAACCACAUUCUCGCAGCUGAUCAAGAUGACUUUCCAUUCGAUGUUGAAAGGAAGAAUUACCGCAACCUUAUCCUCUCUAAUGAUGUCUCGGCAUUGGAUCUCCGCAUAUAUCUCUUCACCCGGGAAAUGGAGAUUCUGACUAGACAGUCACGGUCAGCUCUAGGGAAGUCCUCCAAAUCGGGCAAGAUGGGUGUCGACCUCGACGUUGUCGCAGAUUUGACGGAACGAGCUAUGCAGUUCAUCGGUCUCGCCGGUCGCAUUCUCCGAUUCGAGCUUUACAACGCCUGGGGUGGGUACGAAGGGUUGAGCGAAGAUGAACUGCGCACUCAGAGGAUAGUCACAAGCAACAUUGUCUCCACCUGGCAGUGGCGAGCGGUCAUGCAGAUUCUUGCCCAAGCUUUGCCAGCCUUGGGCGGCGAUGUCGAUUACAGCAACAGUGGGUUGUCACUGGACACUGCUGACCUGUCUCCCGAUUCCGACGCAGCCGUUGCGGACCAGUUUCACGGGUCCGCUGAGAACUACCAACACAUAUCCCUUGCCCCUGGUAUACGGUCAUCUUCGCGCGAACGCUCUCAGGAACGAAGCAGGAGACAUUCCCCGACACCUAAUGGGACCAAUCUACGACAAGCACCACCGACUCGAAUGGGAUUUGGGCGUCUCGCUUUGUGGAUAUCAAAGCUCGUACUCAUGGCGAGACAUUUUAUCGAGAACUUGGAGGCUGUGAAACCGUUGGUUCUGGUCAUGAAACAGUCCGCCCUAGAAUCGAAUGGCAACGGAAUGCACCCCAUUGCCACCAAUGGCGAUGCCAACGAUCCUCCGGUAAAAAUAGACCACCAUGAGCCCUCCACCAACAUCGAUCUUCUCUUGGGCUUGGGGUCCACCACAUUGAAAGCUGCAGCGACGUCGAAGUCAAGUUUUGUAAAGCUUUACGCCAUGUUGUCUGUCCUUGCUUUUCGGAUUGUAUCGUCUGCAAAGAAUCGAUCCACAUACCAGCAAAUACUGAUAGACCUUGUCGAAAUGGAAUAUUCACAAGGUAAUUGGACCAUUGCUGCAUGCUACCUGGAAAAUAUCCUCGGUCCACUUCCACGUGGCGCCUACCGUCCCUCGGAAGAGUAUCUCCUGCGAAUCUAUGCUGAGUGCCUGAAGAGCCUUGAGCGGCCUGGUGAAUACGCUCGAUGUCUUAUUUCUUGUCUACGUCACUCAACAGCAGCCGAAUGUGCGACUUCAAGAUCUCGCUCCGAUGCGAAUCAGUAUUAUAUGAACCAACUUUUCCAGGUUUUACCAAAAAUUCCAACAACAACACUACGUGCGGGAUUACUUUUUCGCAUCUCCGGGGUAUCGCGGCACAUUUCUCCACUCGAGAGCAAGGAUGGGUUCACGGUCUCAAUCAAGAUGAGCAGCCUUCCCGGUGCCUCGACCCCUCCGCUCGAUAAUAUCAAAUUGCGGCUCGUUGCAAAAGACGUGGUUGAACCGCGAUCCAUAUUGCUCUUCCUUCCGGAAAAGGUAGCUAUAGAUUCCAGGCACAGGACCAUAACCCUGGAAACUCCCGUGACGACGCAUGGCUGGUACAUACCGGAUGAAGUCGAGGUGUGCAUUGGUAACCUGAGACUCCUGCAUCACUUCAAGUCAGGGAUAGACGACGAAGAUUACGGAUCUGACGAUUCCCUUAGCCCUCGCGCAGACGUCGUGCCCCUCCUUCUAUACCCCAGCUACCGAUCGUUUGGAAUCAAAAUGUACCCUUUUCCGGUGAUUCACUUGGCCCAGAUCCGUAGGCUGCUACUGCAGGUCAGGCCCGGCCAGAACAAUGUCAAGCAGGUCAAGCUUCGCUUGAGGACCGCAACCGCUGGGCUGAGGCUCAACAUCCACGACUCCAGAUUGGUAGGCGACCAGCAUGAGUCAAAUCAGAUGCGGACGGCCCGAGAAGGUGACGCUUUAGUGAUGGUACUGGACAACUUGGCCUCGCUGACGGUCACUGAGAUCGAGAUCCCGUACACCAUGGAGACUGCUUCCGAGCCGGCGAUAACAUUGCGCAUUGAGGCUAGUUAUGAGACCGACCAGGGAAUAUUCACCUUUUAUGACACAGCGUUUGUUAAGGUGAUCUUACCUGUCACUGUCAAUGUCCAAGACGUGUUUCGUAAAGAUUACAUGUACUCCAGAUUCACCAUCAUCCCAUCGACCAUGGUACCGCUUCGCCUCAUUGGCUGCAACCUGGAGAAGAAUGAUUCCUACGACAUGAUUGCGGGCGGUAACUUCGCUGAGCCAUUCGUGGUAUUCCCGAAACAACCUGCUAACUGGACUGUCCGGCUUGUGCCCAGGGACGCAAAUGCUGCUAACGCCAGCAGGAGACUAACGCUUGUUGUUGACUUCCAAUCUCUCGACGGAGUCAUGUUGGCUAUUCUUGAGACACACUUCACGAGAGAGCUUGCCAAUUCCAAGCACGCUUUUGCCGCCCGGCUUCUAACAUCACAUUUACUGGAGCGUGUUCGCACUACAUGGACCGAGCAAGAUGUGGAAGUUGCGGGGUUAACACAAGAGUUUGAGGUUUGGAAAAUGGAAGAUAUGGAGUGGCCAUCGGUCUUGUGUGCAUUUGACCGACACAGAAGAGCCGAGAUUGAAGAUUGGCUUCGAGACUGGCAUUCUCGGACGCCGCCCAUCAAAUUUUCGUCUUCGAAAGUCCCCCAACGUCAGCUCCGGUUGUUUGUUGACAUUCCACCGCGACCUGUACUGGUCUCAGCGUUCUUGGACGCCAAAUGGUCAACAGCGCCUCACCCGACCGCCACAAUCGGUCAGCCAUUGCUGGCCGAAAUCGUCAUGAAGCUCGAAGAUCAAAUCGAGGGGCAAGUGGAAGGGACGUUCGAGAUUGCUGCACCUUCAGAUUCGUGGUUGAUUGGGGGCAGACGCAAAGGCAAUGUGCAACUGGGCUCAGAGACCGUGCGGUUGCAAGCGGUCCUUUUUCCACAACACCUUGGACACUUACUCGUUCCCUCGGUCAGUGUUAAAUGUCGCAGACGGGUCCGAAGCGCCGGCAAGGACGAAUGGCUUGAUGUCAUGACUGAUGUCCAGAAUCCUGCUCACGGUCGGAGCAUUCUCGUUACCCCAGAUUUGCGGAGCACCACGGUGGAGGUGUUUGGACUGAUACCGGACGAGGGUGCUGGCAGACUGGUCGCGAGCGGGAGUCGUGGAUGAGUGGGUUGAAGCUCACCUGGAGCCCCCGGCAUGCUCUUCACCGCCAUUGCUAGGCCCCGAGCCGGCAUUGAAUAAUUUUUGAGCCUCAGCCUGGAGUAUUGUCCCUACUACUGUGCGGUGACAGCAAGCGCCAGGAACGGGCUCGCUUUGAGCCAUUCCACGAAUCCUUAACUACAGCCUGCCAGACCAGUCGCGGCGCCCAGUUCAAGGGUCCGUGCUCGGCACGAGCCGACAACCACCCUUGAAGCAGAUUGGUGCGGUGGAGUGACGACAUGAGUGGAGUCAAUGCCACCCACUGCGCCUUCAGCCCCAAGUCAUGGUGGGUUAGCGUCAAGUCUCAGCUCCCCAACAAAAUCAUUUUCGUUGGAACUCCGAUUUCACCCUGCAUACCACAGACCACCAGCUUCCCAUGCUGCCAGCGGUCCUGACCACCGACCGCCGACCAAAGAUGAUCAGUGGACAACCGGGGACUUCAGCUGGAGGUGGGAUCGUCUCGUCAUCCUUCAACCUUCCCCAUCCGACCGAGGCAUCAGCUCGGCCACAGCACCGUUUGGCUCAGGUUCUCUCAGCAUGUGAAUUGAAAGGACCCUGCCGGUGGGCGAGAAUCUGUUGCACAUGCCAACGGCCCUUGAUCGAUUGGCAACCGUGCCAUUACCCAGUCAGCAAUAGACGGCAUGGAAUCCAGCAUGUGCGCAAGGGCAUGACCAUCAGCGGUCAGUCAAAUGCGUUCAACAGAUGCACAACAUCCUGCCGGACAGGCCAGCGCCCUUCGAUCGACGGGUCGACGGCACCUGAGAGUCUAGCAAGACUGGAGCUGCCAAGCGUCGGGCAAGGCCGAGGGUCAGUGAUUCAUUCCAAUAAUCGGUCAACGAAGGAGGCAAACUUGCGCAUCUCAAGCCAAGGUGGGAUCAUGGAGACCACCACCAUACCCAGACAGUCUCCAGCUCAGUUCUCACCGGGCAAAAUCUGCCAGCCAAGUCAAUCCCACUUUGGGGAACCUGCUGACAACUUUGGCCAGACCGUAUCGAGGUGUGUUGCCGUCCGAACAAAGUCCCUCCGGAAGUGCAAAAUUGAAUAGCAGUAGACCAACCAGCCUCGAGCUGCCAGAGCGGCUAUCCGUGUGACUACAGCCUAAUCCAAUUACCUAGCCUUGGUUUAUCAGCUUACUUACACACGUUGCAGCAAGACCAUAGUAAAUACACCCUUUUCUUUUUGCCUUGGAGAGGAUGAGCAGUGCGGAGUUUUGGCGAUACAGAACGGGCUCGGUUGCCCCUUCAGUGGUACCUGCCUACCAGAGCUAAGUAGGUUGCUCCAACCGUGGGCGAUCCUCGGGGCCCAG